CUCUACUUCCUCCCAGGAAGACCAGUCACCGCCAGAAAAGAGUUGAGAAAGAGAAGACAGAAACGGCAGCUCGAACUCGCCGUCUGCUCGCCAUGCAGCAGAACCCGACCUGACGGCUCGGAGCAUAACCGUGCCAACGGCUGUCGGCAAUCCAGAUGUUUUCGGCCAUUUUUGUAGGCCUCCAUCUGCUCUGGAUCGGACUACAGAAGGGAUACAGCUACGGCUACGACAGGCACCAAAACCACUAGUUAAGUUUAGGAAAAAGAUCGUGGUUCUGGGUUGAAACACGCCCACGUUUCCUUUUUUAAAGUAUUCAAAUUAUAUUGUUAUAUUAGACGAGAGUUAGGGAGAUUGUGCGUAACUUCCUGCUGCAGCUGUAUCCCUUCUAGCCACAACCAUCUGCUCGCGGCUGCCGCCUGGGGGAAGUGUUUGUGUGCCGGACCAUGAGUGCACGUAGAAGCCCCCCCGAGGGCUGCGAGGGUCCGGUGCAGAGCCCCCGUCACGCUCCGUACCUCUGGCACCGUUACAGGAAGCCUUGGCACCGAUCCGACCCAUCGCCAGCGGCUCCCGAGCAGCCGUUGGACAGAUACAAGUGGCGGACAUCUGCACAUCUGGCGGCCGCCGAGGGCAAAGGACACGACACGGAGCGCCUUCCGCCGCGGCUGCUCAGCCUGCCGAGGUUCAGCGGCGCUCAGCGCGACCUCAGCGGAGACGGACAGGCUCGGCUCGGCUCUCUGCGCCGGAUGUUCCCCUACCUGCGGUCCGUAUCCGAGCCCGGGACAGGCCGGGGCGGCGAGGAGAGGACGGCCGGCAGGAAGGCGGGUUCCGAGCGGCGGCCGCCGUCCGUCAGCAGCUUCCUCAACGCUGUGUCGAGGAGGAUCGGCAGCAUCCUCAGGGACCAACCGGAAACUCCAGAGUCUGAUGUUAAAGGUCCUCCGGCUCACCGGUUCUCCUGCGGCCAGAGUCCGUACACGGACAGCAGAGCCUGGGAGAGGAAGUUCUGCAUCCUGACAGACAGCCAGCUGAUCCUGCUCAACAGGGACGACGAGGCUGCAGGCGAGGCUCAGGAGAGCCCCACCAACUCCUCCAAGGGCCGAAGUCUCCGCAGGACGGUCAGCGUCCCCUCGGAGGGACAGUUCCCAGAGUUCCCAGCAGAGGGCCCCGCCGCCCUGCACGAAGUGUCUUCGGAGCGAUCUCCGAGGAGGAGGAGUAUCUCCGGUCUGGGGAGUUCAGAGAAGAGCGUCGCCGUCGACAACCCAAACUCGUCACCUUUCAAAGUGCCGGGUUUCUUCAGUAAACGUCUGAAAGGCUCCAUCAAGAGGACCAAGAGUCAGACCAAACUAGACAGAAAUACCAGCUUCAGACUUCCCUCGCUCCGGCCGGCUGACGCCGACAGAUCUCGCGGGCUGCCCAAGCUGAAGGAGUCGAGCUCCCAUGAGUCUUUGCUGAGCCCGGGCAGCGCGGUGGAGGCUCUGGACCUCAGCAUGGAGGAGGACGUGUUCGUCAAACCUCUGCACAGCAGCAUUCUGGGACAGGAGUUCUGCUUCGAGGUGACAUACUCAGGCGGCAGCAAGUGUUUCAGCUGUACCUCUGCCUCAGAGAGAGACAAGUGGAUGGAGAACCUGAGGAGGACGAUUCAGCCCAACAAGGACAACUGUCGUCGGGCGGAGAACCUGCUGCGUCUGUGGAUCAUCGAAGCCAAAGACCUGCCGCCCAAGAAGAAGUACUUCUGCGAGCUGUGUCUGGACGACGUCCUGUACGCCCGCACCACCAGCAAGCUGCGCCACGACAGCCUGUUCUGGGGCGAGUACUUCGACUUCUGCGGCCUGCCGGCCGUGCACAGCAUCACCGUGCACAUCUACCGCGACGUGGACAAGAAGAAAAAGAAGGAUAAGAACAACUACGUGGGCCUGGUGAACAUCCCGGUGGCGGGCGUGGCCGGCCGCCAGUUCGUGGAGAAGUGGUACCCGGUCAGCACGCCGACCCCGAGCAAGGCCAAGGGCGGCGGCCCGUCCAUCCGCAUCAAGUCCCGCUUCCAGACCAUCUCCAUCCUGCCCAUGGAGCAGUACAAGGAGUUCGCCGAGUUCGUCACUAACAACUACGGCAUGCUGUGCUCGGUGCUGGAGCCCGUCAUCAGCGUCCGCAACAAGGAGGAGAUGGCGUGCGCUCUGGUGCACAUCCUGCAGAGCACCGGCAGGGCAAAGGACUUCCUGACAGACCUGGUGAUGUCGGAGGUGGACCGCUGUGCCGACCAUGACGUGCUGAUCUUCAGGGAGAACACGCUGGCCACCAAAGCCAUCGAGGAAUAUCUGAAGCUGGUGGGACAGAAAUACCUGCACGACGCACUCGGUGAGUUUAUCAGAGCUCUGUAUGAGUCUGAUGAGAACUGUGAGGUGGAUCCAAGUCGCUGCUCCAGCGGAGAACUGUCUGAACACCAGAGCAACCUGAAGAUGUGCUGCGAGCUCGCCUUCUGCAAGAUCAUCAACUCCUACUGUGUGUUUCCCCGGGAGCUGAAGGAGGUGUUUGCGGCGUGGAAGCAGCAGUGCGUUGCCCGUGGCCACCAGCAGGACAUCAGCAAGCGUCUGAUCAGCGCCUCGCUCUUCCUGCGCUUCCUGUGCCCCGCCAUCAUGGCGCCGUCGCUCUUCAACCUGAUGCAGGAGUACCCAGACGACCGGACGUCCCGCACGCUCACGCUCAUCGCCAAGGUCAUCCAGAACCUCGCCAACUUCACCAAGUUCGGAAACAAAGAGGAGUAUAUGGCCUUCAUGAACGACUUCCUGGAGCACGAGUGGGCGGGGAUGAUGCGUUUCCUGUCGGAGAUCUCCAACCCGGAGACACUGUCCAACACGCCGGGCUUCGAAGGUUACAUCGACCUCGGCCGCGAGCUGUCAGUGCUGCACGCACAGCUGUGGGAGGUCGUCUCGCAGCUCGACAAGGGUGAAAAUUCCUUCCUGCAGGCCACCGUAGCGAAGCUGGGCCCGCUGCCGAGGAUUCUGGGAGAUAUCUCUCGCUGCCUGGCCGCCCCGACGCCCGUCCAGCAGCAGCUGCGACGUUUCCAGGAACACAACUCUGCACACAACAUCAGCGGCAGCCUGUCGUCAGGGUUACAGCGCAUCUUUGAGGACCCCGCCGACAGCCGCAGUGACGCCCGCAGCCUGCAGUCUCCGCUCAGUGACGCGAUGGAGGGUUACGUGCGCGGGCAGCGCCCCCUGCUGGCUCCGCAGCAUCCCUCGCCCCACGCCAGCUUCUCCGACCCCGAGGAGCGGGACAUCCCGCUGCCCAACGGCCGCAGCGUAUCCCUGGUGGACCUGCAGGACGCCCAGAGCCUGGGGACGCCACCGCUGCCACCGCCACACCACGAGGCCCCGCCCCGCCUCAGCAGGGUCAGCUCGCAGGCGUCCAUUGGGCACGCCGCGCCCCCGCUGCCACCGCCGCUCAACUACUCCAACCCACUCACGCCUCAGCCGCUCCACGCCAAAUCCUCGCCCAGGGACGGCCAGCCGCAGAGCGCGCCGCAGGUGAGGCGUCCGCUGCACCCGUCUCUGAGCCAGCAGCGCAGCCUGCAGCCCCUCUCCUUCCAGAACCCCGUGUACCACCUGACCAACCCGGCCACGCGCUCCGCCCACUCGCUGCGACGCGACUCGAGCUCGGAGAACCUGAGCACGGAGAGCUCGCACAACAGCCACAGCAACUCGGACGACUUUGGCAGCCAGGUGGGCGCCCAGGGCCGCGCGGCGUCCAGCAGCAGCCUGGACGAGUCGGGCAGCCGGCGGAGCGCGCAGAGCGAGGAGUGCUCCACGCCACGUCGCCACGCGCCGCCCGACCUCCCGCCGGGCACCGCCACGGCGGUCGCAAUCCCCCGCCAGAGCACGACAGCGGGGACCGCCCACAUCGUGAAGGUGGAGCAGCAGAGCAGAGGAGGGGGCGGGGCCAGGACGCCGCGCUCCCUCCCUCUCAGCGCCUCGCUACGCAGCAGCAGCAGCGCCAACACGGAGCCCACGCCCGGCCACGCCACCCGCCAAAAGCCCGUCGGCCCCGCGGAGAACGCGGCUCCGCCUCCGAGGAGCAUCGCCAAGACGACGCAGCAGGUGGCGUCUCCUGUGGAGGCGGCAGCGGUCGCUGUGGCGAUGUCUCCGGUGGAGCGGACGGCAGCCUGGGUGCUGAACAACGGCCAGUACGAAGAGGAAGAGGAGGAAGAGGAGGAGCGGGGAGAGAGGAGCAGGGAGGAGGGCAGGAACACUGAGAAGUACGAGCUGGAGAUCUCGCGGCUCAAGGAGCGUCUGCGGGCGUCGGGCCGGCGUCUAGAGGAGUACGAGCGGCGGCUGGCGGCCCAGGAGCAGCAGAUGCAGAAGCUGCUGCUGGAGUACAAACACCGUCUGGAGGACAGCGAGGAGAGGCUGCGGAGGCAGCAGGAGGAGAAGGACAGCCAGAUGAAGAGCAUCAUCUGCAGGCUGAUGGCGGUGGAGGACGAGUUAAAGCGGGACCACGCGGAGAUGCAGGCGGUGAUCGAAGCCAAACAGAAGAUCAUCGACGCUCAGGUCAGUAACGGAUGUGAAAUAAACCAAUCAGGAGAGGCGGAUCGUCUCCCUGGACGCGGCGAACUCGCGGCUGAUGGCGGCGCUGACGCAGGUGAAGGAGCGCUACAGCGCGCCCAACCUCCGCAACGGCCUGUCACCCAGCAACCCCACCAAACUGUCCAUCACUGAGAACGGAGAGUUCAAGAACAGCAGCUGCUGAUUGGCCGCCAGGACGCCGAGAGGCGGGGCUUAAACUCUUAAAGCUGCAGAGACAGAAUGUAUAAAUAUACGAGUGUAAAUACUGAAGGUUUGAGCUGUUGAGUGUGUGUGUGUGUGUGUGUGUGUGUGUGUGUGUGUGUGUGUGUCACAGAAGCACAGUGAGAACGAAACAAACCAAAAAACAAAAAACGCACUCAAAUUUUUUUUUUAUUUUGUUUGAAUCUUCCGGUUUUGUUGCUGUUGAAGUUCAUUUCAUUUUUUUAGAGUGGAGUUUUUUUACCUGACGAGUUGUUUUUGGGGUUUUUAAUUUAUUCCUCCACGUCGUUGCUGAUCUACUGAACCCCCUCCUGUAGGAAGAGGGUCAAAGGUCACUUCCUGUCUGCUGUCCCACCUUCACAAUAAAAGCUGCCUAAAAGAUGA